AUGGGACACGUGGUCCCAGGUGCUCGCCCUAGAGGGGGGGAGGCAGGUGCGGCUCCACGUGUCCUUAAGGUUGCCGCCCCGCCUUCGAGGGCCUCAAUAGAUCAUCCGCUCCUCGCCAACUGUCUCGUUCCUUUGUCCUGGGAGUUCUCAAGCAAGCGUACCGGGGCAGUUGAGGGAACUGGAUCCGUUAACAAUGGGGGGUCGCGUUGUAGGGGAGCUAGUUGCUUGACUAAGCUCGAAGGCAUUGUUACAAGCCCCAGACGUCGUAAACCGCUACCUGGCGGUCGUAAACCAAACAGGGGCGAUAAAGAGCCGACGGCUAGACGCCUAAAAACUAGGUCCUUGGCCGCCUUAAUGGCGAAGGAUAAGUCCCGAUCUGUCACAACUUCUUUACUUAAUGUUUACAACAAGGAUUGGUAA